AUGCCCCGCAAGAGAUUCGACAAGAAAAACGCCCAGACCUUCUCGGUGGUGCACAGGUCCCACGAGGACCUGCUCUACUUCGACAACGACGCCUCCAAGCACGUGCUUGUCCCUGCUGCUCAAAGAGCCCAGGCUCAAGGAACCCUUUCCCAACUCAAGGCUAGGAAGUCAGGAAAACAAAGCUACAGCACACAGGAGCUCGAAGACACUUUGGGAAAAGACGCCGUUCAGGCGAUGCGGGCCAACGAGGGUUUGGCGGCGCAGUACGGAAUCUACUUUGACGAUUCCCAGUACGAUUACAUGCAACACUUGAAGCCUAUCGGAGGAGGAGGCGACAGCGUGUUCAUAGAAGCCAAGAAUAAGGAGAAGCCCAAGGAGCUGAUCGAGGCGCUCAUCAAGGACGUGCUUCCCUCGGAGACCAAGAGAAAGGUGGCGUUCGACGAUGAGGAGAACAUCCCAGAGGAGCUUCGAGGAUUCCAGCCCCACAUGGACCCCAGGCUUCGAGAGGUGUUGGAGGCGCUUGAGGACGAGGCUUACGUGGCCGAAGGCGGCGAGGGCGAGGUGGAGGAUGCGGAUUUUCUAGAUUUGUUGCAGUCUGGCGAAGUGGCCGAUGAGGAGGACUUUUACGAUGAAUACGACGGCGACGACUGGGACCUCGACGAGUUUGAGGACUACGAGGGCGAGUAUGACGAGGAGGAGGUGGUGGGGGAGCUCGAGAACCCGUACAACGAAGGCGAGGCGCCCGAGGACGUCGAGGUUGCAGUUCCAGCGGUCAGCACUGGCUGGGAGAAGGAUUUCAUGAAGUUCAAGAAGGAAACCAAGAACGCCGUGAACGAGUGGGAUUCCGACAACGAGUUCGAGGAGGAAGAGGAGGAGGACGUGGUUGGAGAACUUCCCCAGAUCGGUUCCGGCAAGAAGAAGCUGAAGAACAAGAUGAGAAAGAAAAUGGGCGCCAUGACCGACACGUCGUCGUUUUCGAUGUCGUCGUCGGCGCUUUUCCGUACCGAGGGCUUGACGCUCCUUGACGACCGCUACGAGCAGUUGAACCGCAAGUUCGAGGAGGAGGACCCGUACAUGGAGGAGCACCAGGCGUUUGACAUGGCCAACGAGAGGCCGGACUUUGAGGAUAUGCUUGACGAUUUCUUGGACAACUACGAGUUGGACCGCGGAGGACGUAAGCUUGUGAAGAAGGACCAGGAACACGAGACAUUGAAGGCAGCAGCCGACUCGGUUUCCAAGGGUAAGCUCGCUGCCAGGCGCAAGCGUGAGAAGAACUCCAUGGACAAGCUCGGGGUGCCUUUGGGAACAUGA